AUGGACCAAACAUACUUCUCAGGAGCUUAUAUCGGUUACGGCGAUCAGAGUUAUUGGCUUACUAGCACGGCCAUGGCACGAAAUACAUCACACGGUAGCGACUAUAGUAACUACUCAGAAUCUAGCAACGGACAAUACGAUGUUGCACUAUCACCAAGUUCUGAAGGUGUCAACACCUAUUAUUUCCCCAAUGUGCCAGAUGCGGCAGCCUAUAUAACGGACGGGCAAGGGUAUGACGCGAACAAUCAAGUCGAAGAGCCCCCAUUCCAAUACCAGUACUACGAUUUCGAUACUGGAGGAGAGUCAGGGCAAGGGCCGCACUGGAAACUGAAGCCUCAGUAUACACCAUCUGCAGAAUUCCCAGCUACUAAACCUUACUAUGAUCCGAUCCCUGAAGUGCCACGUUCUGCCAAUGGCAUUUCGGGCAAGCACGUCUGUCUCGAGCGCUACUGUAACGCAUCGCCGUUCAAACGUAAAGCAGAUCUACAAAGGCAUUACCUCCACAAACAUCGUGACGUCAACCAAAAGAAGCCGUUCCCUUGCGACUGGAAGAAAUGCCAGAGAUCCAAGGAACCCUUCUAUCGGCUCGAUCACUGCAGAGAACACUACCGCGACUAUCACAUGGAAGACUUGCUACGACGCGGGUCAAACAAAGAGGCUCCCGAAUGGUGGGAUAGUCGGAAUGUCGACCCCAAGUGGUGGCGAUGUGCUAAGUGUCUUAGCCGCAUUCCUAUCGACAGCAAGCGCUUCGAAUGCGCCAACUGCAAGACAACGUGUGAGCCGGAAAGACGAAAGCUAAGGGGCUACAAAUGA